UGUAUAGGAAUACAGUUGGAAUAUUAAUACGCAAGUCUAGAAUGGUGUGCGAAUAUUAUAGGUAUAGCGGUGGCGCGCCGAUCAUCACUGCUGAACAACAACAAUAACAAUAAUGCGCGCGCUGUUUCGAGUUGUUGAUAAAACUUUAUAAUAAUAAUGACAAUAUAACUGUGUGUAUGUGUAUAUUAUAUAGUGUAUCGAUAUAAUAUAAUAUAGCGUAAGGAAUUGUGUACAGCAACUAUCACUAAACACGCGUGUUAUAACGUAUAUAUUAUAUAAUUAUAUGAUAUAAAUAUAUACGUGAGUACACAAAAUAUAUUCAGCAUAUAUUCGCGGGCGGUGAUCGUCUCUGCUGCAGUGCUUCGUGAUGGACGAGAACCUGAGCAGGGGCUAUGUAGCCCUGGGCAAACGCGGCAAUAUUUGUCCGCUGGCUACGCCUCCGAUAGACAACAUGGGCAAGACUUACAUGGCCAUGGUGCUGGCGGGCGCGGGUUUUCUGUUCCCAUACAACAGUUUUGUCAUGGCUGUGGAUUAUUUCCAAACUAAAUAUCCUGUUUCGAUGGUAGUUUUUGACAUGACGAUCGUGUACAUUAUGGUAGCAUUUGUCGCUGUCCUCACCAACAAUCUACUCGUCGAAACACUGUCUUUCACGUGUCGCAUCAAUAUCGGUUAUGGACUGACGAUUUCGAUGCUAUUGUUUGUGGGUGCCGUGGAAAUUUGGUGGGAUGAAUUAUUUACACUGGAUACGUCAUAUUGCCUCAACUUGAUUGCCAUUGGACUCAUUGCAUGGGGCGCGACAAUUCAACAAUCCAGUUUUUAUGGCUACACCAGUAUACUACCGAUUAAAUACACGCAGGCCGUCAUGAUCGGAGAAAGUGCUGCUGGGCUUUGGGUGUCCAUUGACAGAAUAUUCACAAAAAUGUUGACGAAGGACUUACGAGUAAGCACGUUCAGUUUCUUCGUGAUUAGCCAUCUAGUAGUGAUGACGUCGUGCGUGCUGUUCCAAAUAGUGCAAUCGUCUGAUUUCGUCAAAUUUUAUAUUGCCCGCAGUGAAGACUCGAAGAAAAAGAUUUCAUUGGAACCAACAGAAGAAUAUGUCGAUUCCGAACAAUCUCAACCAGAGCCAUUUGCCGAAACUAGUUUGAGUACAGGAAAAAUAUUUAAAGACGAAAAUGCAUUUAGCUUUGCAAAUCCGAUGUAUGAUCCGAACUCAAAUAGUGUGCCAACAUAUAAAGUUGAAGACGUAAUGAUUCACGUGGAAACAGGAAGUUCUUUUAAGCUACGAAAAUCUACCUUAUCUGAAUUUUGGGAUUCAUUUAAAAGUGGAUAUAAACUAAGAAAAGAAGUGUCAAAGAUUAUAUGGAAACAAAUGUUGGCAAUUUUUCUAUGUUACUUCGUGACGCUAAGCAUAUACCCAGGAGUACUUUCCGAUCUAGUUAGCCCAAGAUUCGGCACGUGGAUGCCCGUACUCGUGAUGACCGUAUUUAAUUUAUUCGAUCUUAUGGGAAAGUUAUUAGGAGCGUAUUCGUAUGAACGCUGGGAUGACAAAAUACUGAAGAGUACCAAAAAACGCUUAUUCAUGAUUCCCGCCAUUCUACUAAUCGUAAUAGUUCAACAUCCAUUCCACACGAAAAUCAUCAGUGAAUUCAUGAUUAUUCUGCAAACAGCCGUGCUUGGCGUAACCAAUGGCAUCACUGGCAGCGUUCCAAUGAUAUUCGCGCCAGCUAAAGUUGUUGAAGAACGACGAGAACUUGCAGGUAAUAUAAUGACGAUAUCGUACAUAGCCGGCACGACGGCGGGCAGUAUAUUCGCAUACGUGCUGGACAGGAUCAUACACUACGAGAUCGGCUUCUCGGUCAGUUGGGCCGGCGCCGAUUAUCACAAGACGAUGGUCACCGGCAUAACGACGAAUCCCAUCGAUUUAUUCAACUACAGCCACGUUACAACUGACACGAUCAACCACACGGGGUCGUCGCCGCUGCAAACGACAGUCACACUCGGCACGCUGCUGUUGACGUCGGCCGCGCGCAGCAUCAAUUCCACGACGACCGCGUUCCCAGGAUAAUCUCGACUGGUGACACGGCGUGUACAUGCAACACAACACCCACACUAUUAUAUUAUAUUACCAUAUUAUAAUCGGUUUUUUUUUUUUAAUUAUUAAUGUUUUAUUGUAUUUUAUAAUUAUUUAUAAUUACGUUUGAAUGGCGGGAGGUCGAAAAGUCGAGAGUGGCGCAUGGCGGCUUAUUUAUAAUAAUUAUAUACCUAUAUAGUGCUGUACUGCUGUGAUAUUGGUGUCAUCGUUUAGACCCAAAACCUCGAUUGUUAUUUUUAACAUGCAACUAAUGAAUGAAUAGGGUUAAAUUGAACGGAUAUAGGUGUUGAUGUUCAAAAGUUACGUUUUAAAAUCUUUACACAAUUUAAAAAGUUGUUAUAACGGUAGGUAUAAAAGGUAUAGGUAGCUGUAUAGGAUAGUACGCUCUUACAACAUAUAAUAAGGGCCUUAAUAAAGGUAUAAUGUGUACGGGACUUUACGAUGUAUACAGUGUACUCAAUAUUCUUGCAAUUAUCAUGCUAUAUAGUAUAUACAUACCUAUAAAAUAAAAUACAAUAUAUUUUAAUAUACGUUGUCAGAAAGAAAAAAAAACGAUUUUUCAAAAACCUCACUUUCAAAUAUUUAAAUGCCUUUGUUUACCACUCGACCCUUUCGGUCAAUUAAUAUAAUUAGAUAAUGUUGGUAACAUCAUAAUUUAUGAAGUUUUGAAAUAUUAUAUUUAUUAGUCUCAACUCAAGUAAUAUGUUUUCGAGAUAGAUAUAAUAUUAUAAAUUUAUAAUGUAUUAUGUAUAUUAUUUUAUGCAAGAUUUAUAUUUAUUUACGUUUUGACUUACGUGACUUUUCGAUUGACCUGCAGUGUUAUAAUACAUUAUAAUACCUAAUCGUAUAAAUUACAUAUGCGUCUAUAAUUAUUAAUAUUUAAAACAUUCAAUUUACGUGUACCUACAUCAGUCCACUGCAAUAGGUAGGUAAUUAACUAUCUAUAAUAUCUUUAUGUUCACUUUAUAUAUCUGUCAUAUACAGGUACCUAUAAAUACAAAAAGCUAAAAGCUAAUAAUAACAUGCUAAAUGUUGCUGAUUACCUACGUGUGUUUCAUUCUCUUCUUAUACUUGAACUGUAUAAUUUUGUACGUUUUUGUUUUAUUUUUUUUUGUUUAAUACCUUAUCAUUAACGUUUGAAAUAAUAGAUAAAAUAUUUCAUUUUUUUUAACGUUAUUGCAGUCACUAAAUCAUAAUACUUACGAAAUGUGUUUCUAUUUGCUAGUUUGUCUAGGUAGAUAAACACUGUACAAACGUUAUUUUACGUACCUAUAUGCUACCGCGAACAUUAAAAAUAUAGCUCAACAAAUUGAUUGUAAUAAUUACAACAUCAAAUUAUAAAUAUUAAAUAAUACAUUAAUACCAAAUAAUUUAUAGAUAUGUAAUUAGGUACCUACCUACUUCUGCACUCAUCAUUGUACAUAAUUAUAAAAUAUUUGUGCCAAUUAUAAGUUAUACAAUUUGGAAUUAGAUUUUUACUAUGAAUACACUGUAUGUGUAUAAGUAAAUUAAUAAUAAGGUGUAGAUAGUUGAAAAUUAUAUUGAUUAAAGGAACUUUUUUUAUUCAAAUAAACUCAUCAACCAAUAAUGAAAUUACAUAAUAAAUCAAAAUAUAACUUAUAUAAUUGUAUAUAGUAAAAUAAGUCAAUGAACACAAUGAUUAAGCAGUAAUGAAGAGUAACAUCAUAGGUUCCUAAAACAAAAUGUAGGUAAGUAAAUAAAGGUAUAUGCAAUUUAUUAACAUUUACAAAUGUUUUUCCAUUCAUUUUUUUGAAGUACAUAUUACAAGUCAUUAAAACUCACUUAAUUUAUACUGAUUACGGAAAUGUUAUUCUUAUAUUUUAUUUGUAAUUUACUAGCUGUAAUACUUGAGACUGGUUUGAUAAAAAGCAUUUGAGGUCUUAUUUUUUUAAGUUAACUUUAUAAUUCUUAUAGAUCUUUAUUUAUCAUGAAAAUAAAUAUAUUUACAAUGAA